CCGGUAUCGUUAAUAAAAGGAGAAAGAAUAUCAACGACACCGUCUAUUGCAAAUGUUUUGCUGAUUUAGUUAUGAACGUUCGUAAUAAUUGUCUCGUGUCAAUGUUAAUAUUUGUGAAUAAGACAGGGCAAGCUGUGUGUUUGAGGGUCUGUGUUACAUCACGUUCCUGAUUAAAUAUUUCGUUCGAUCACAACUUCACAUCGGUAAAUGGUUCCCUAUUUUACAGUUCGGUAAAUGCCUUUUAAUCGACCUUUUACUGGUGAGUAGAAAAUAUAACUGCAUUACAUCUGCUCCACACAUGUAAACAGGGAUCUUUGAUAUCAAAAAUAAGAAACUGAGAAUUUGUCUACUUUUUAAGAAUUUCUAUGGAGAACGUUAAUCACUCGGACACUUGUAAGACGACUGUUUUUAAGAAUGGAGAUGCAGUUAGAAUGACAGACAGAGAUGAGAAAGCUGAAGACAAAAGUGUUCCUGAAUAUGAAGAUGAAGUCUUCUCGCAAAAAGAAAUACACAAGAAGAAAAAACGGCUCAGUUGUGAAAUAUGUGGGAAAUGUUUUCCCGCUGAUAGCCAUUUAAAGAGACAUAAAAGAAUACAUACAGGAGAAAAACCCUUCAGCUGUGAAAUAUGUGGUAAAUCAUUUGUUUGUAGUAGUGGAUUAACACGACACAUAGUUGUACACACUGGUGAAAGACGUUUCCAUUGUGAAAUAUGUGGGAAAUGUUUUACCUCUAAUAAUAUUUUAAAGGUACAUAAAAGAAUACAUACAGGAGAAAGACCCUUCCACUGUGAAAUAUGUGGGGAAUCAUUUCGUACUAGUGGUAUAUUAGCAGUACACGUAUCUGUACACACUGGAGAAAGGCGUUUCAGUUGUGACAUUUGUGGGAAAUGUUUUGCCUCUAAUAGUUAUUUACAGACGCAUAAAAGAACACAUACAGGAGAAAAACCCUUCCACUGUGAAAUAUGUGGGAAAUGUUUUGCCUCUAAUAGUUAUUUACAGAUGCAUAAAAAAAUACAUCUAGAAGAAAAACUCUUUCACUGUGACAUAUGUGGGAAAUAUUAUGCCUCUAAUAAUCAUUUACAGGCGCAUAAAAGAAUACACACAAGAGAAAAACCCUUCCACUGUGAAAUAUGUGGGAAAUGUUUUACGUCUAAUUAUCAUUUACAGAUGCAUAAAGGAAUACAUACAGGAGAAAAACCCUUCCACUGUGAAAUAUGUGGGAAAUUUUUUACCCAUAACAGUAAUUUAAAGAGACAUGAAGGAAUACAUACAGGAGAAAAACUCUUCCACUGUGAAAUAUGUGGGGAAUGUUUUAAUUGGAAUAGUAAUUUAAAUGAACAUAAAAGAAUACAUACAGGAGAAAAACCCUUCAGCUGUGAAAUAUGUGGGAAAUUUUUUACCCGCAGUAGGGAUUUAAAGAGACAUAAAAGAACACAUACAGGAGAAAAACCCUUCCACUGUGAAAUAUGUGGGAAAUGUUUUAUUGCUAAUUAUCUUUUACAGACACAUAAAAGAACACAUACAGGAGAAAAACCCUUCCACUGUGAAAUAUGUGGGAAAUGUUUUACCUCUAGUAGUAAUUUACAGACGCAUAAAAGAACACAUACAGGAGAAAAACCCUUCAACUGUGAAAUAUGUGGGAAAUGUUUUACCUAUAGUAGUGUUUUAAAGACACAUAAAAGAAUACAUAGAGAAGAAAAGCCCUUCAACUGUGAAAUAUGUGGUAAAUGUUUUACCUCUAAUGAUUAUUUACAGACGCAUAAAAGAACACAUACAGGAAAAAAAUCCUUCCACUGUGAAAUAUGUGGGAAAUGUUUUACCAGUAAUAUUGUUUUAAAGACACAUAAAAGAAUACAUACAGGAGAAAAACCCUUCCACUGUGGAAUAUGUGGGAAAUGUUUUACCUAUAGUAGUGUUUUAAAGACACAUAAAAGAAUACAUACAGGAGAGAAACCCUACCAUUGUGAUAUAUGUGGGACAUGUUUUACCUGUAAUAGUAUUUUAAAGACACAUAAAAGAAUACAUACAGGAGAAAAACCCUUCCACUGUGAAAUAUGUGGGGAAUCAUUUCGUACUAGUGGUAUAUUAAGAGCACACAAAACUGUACACACUGGGGAAAGACGUUUCAAUUGUGAAAUAUGUGGGAAAAGUUUUAACUCUAAUGAUUAUUUACAGACGCAUAAAAGAAUACAUACAAGAGAAAAACCCUUCCACUGUAACGUAUGUGGGAUAUCAUUUGCUUCUUCUGGUGUAUUAACAAAACAUGCAACUGUACACACU